GCGCCAUUGAGCAGCUCCGAUAGGACCCGGAAAGGAGAGGUUGUCUCCAGUUAUAUAUAUAUCUCAAUGCUUCAAACUCCCCGGUGAGCCUUGCAGCAUCCACGCAAUCAAUGCGUCAUUUUCCUCUUCGCACUCAACACGCGGAUCAUCUGAUUGGUCUAAACUCCCCUAGUGACCAAUAUGGACCAAUAACAGAUUAACUUGGGUGCAAACGAUGAGUAAAGCAUCGCGCCCGAGCAUUCGCGUUAUCACAUGAGCAAACACAUUUUACCAUGUGAUUGCAUUUUCAGUCAUGGCCGACGACUGCAGGAGGCAGGGCUUUGAGCUGGAAAGAAGGAUCUUUGAGUUGGACAACAAGUGCGCCAGUCUCCGGAUAGAAAAGCAAGAUGAUGACUAUUUACAGAAUGCCUCCGCCAUACUAGACAAGUUGAAAAGCUAUUACAGACAAGGUGGAGACAGUAACAGCCUACCAAGACUGCUCCAGGAUUACACGCAGGUGGUUCUGGACAUCACGUUUUAUGAGGAGAAUAAGCUGGUUGAUCAGGAGUUUCCAGAAGACUGCUCCCCGUAUAAAAUCCAGCAGCUCCUGCAGGACCUGACCGAGCCUGAGGUUCUGGCUGGAAGACUGGCACCUGCCCAAGAGGUGCAGUCGGUUCUGGGGCUGGAGUUGCUGGAGUGUUUGUAUUGGCGGAGGGGGGCGCUGUUGUACAUGUACUGUCACACCCUGCACCGGCGGAAGCAGUGGAUCAAAAAGAACAAAGCCACCUUCCUCAAGUGUCUCCAUGAGGGUGUGCGCUACCUGAUGAGGAUGCUGCAGGUCAGGAACUCUGUGAAGCUGAACGACGGCGUGGUCUUCCACGACUCCGCCACCGCCAACUUCCUCGCAGAAGGCAUAUUCUCGGACACCCACCUGCUGACCAUGAUGUACAUCGGGGAGAUGUGCUUCUGGGCGGUGAAGUACGAGGACUGCGGCGUGGAGAUGGCGGAGCGCAAGGAGGAGCGCCUGCAGUUCCGCGACAUCGGCACGCAGAUCCUGCACAAGUACGUGCUGGUGUGCGAAGGCCCUCUGCAGGGCCAGGGCUGGAACACGGAGAACGCCAAGGAGAUCCUCAACAUCCUGCAGUGAGCCGCUGGACGCCCCCAGAACAGAGCCUGUAAAAUAAUAAUAAAACUAAACUAAAAUGGGACGAGAAAAAAAAAUUACAAUUUCCAAAACUACCAAUCCCCCUGCCCCCCCCCCCCCCUUUUCCCUCCCCACCCUCCCCUGAAAAAAAAAAUGCUUAUCUUCCAGACUGUUGGCUGGCCAUGUGUUUUGCUCUGAGAAUGUGGUUAAACAAAAAUGAAUAACAAUAAUAAUUAAUAAUUUACAAAAUGAAGAAAAAGGUUAAAAGUUCUUAAUUCAGCCAGGAAUGAAACAUCACACAGCAGCUGCUUGUAUUUAUUAUUUUAAUUUUUUUCUUUUUUUUAAUUAAUUGCAUUUAUAUAUAUUAAAGGGAGGGAGGGUGGAGAGAGGGAGGGUGAAAGGGAGGGAGGGAGAGGAACACAAAUCUAUGUUGAAGACUUAAGUAUUCAUGACUAUUUUAAAGUAUGUACAGUUUCGUUUCUGCUGUGUAAAAGGCUUUUUCCCCAUUUAUUAAAAAAAAAAGAAAAAAAAGGUUCUGUUUUUUCAUGCUUUGACCAGAGGUAAUGCCCCAUGGUGGGAACUUUGAUAUUUUGAUAGUAUACAUCUAAACAGAAAAUCUCAGUGUUGGUAUUCUUUCAAAAUGUAUUUCAUUUUUUAUGUCUUCAUUGAAAAUAAAUAUAUGUUGGUUUAAAAAAAAAAAAAAAAA